UUACCAACCAACCAAACCAGUACUUGCUCCGUAAAAAAAUCAAAACAAAAACAAGGAAAAAGAAACAACGCUUCGUCGAUCAAAUCGCCAAGAUCACCAUGGGCAACACAUCUUCGAUGCUCACUCAAUACGACAUCGAAGAAGUCCAACAACACUGUAACCACACCUUUUCGCAGCAAGAGACAGUGUCGUUGUACCAGAGGUUUUGCCAGCUGGAUCGAAACGGCUGCGGUUUCGUCCCAGCCGAGGAGUUCCUUUCCGUUCCUGAAUUCGCCGUCAAUCCUCUCUCUCAGAGAUUGUUGAGAAUGGUAGAUGGACUGAAUUUCAAGGAAUUUGUGGCAUUCUUGUCUGCAUUCAGUCCUCGAGCUCCUUUGCAACACAAAAUCGAAUUUAUCUUCAAGGUGUAUGAUUCGGAUGGCAAUGGGAAAGUUACCUUCAGUGAUAUGUUGGAUGUAUUGCAUGAUUUGACCGGACAGUUUGUAUCAGAACAACAAAGAAAGCAAGUGCUGACACGUGUCCUUGAAGAAGCAGGUUACUCAAAGGAUUCUUUCUUAGUCUUGUCAGACUUUGUAAAGAUUCUUGGAAAUUCUGAUUUGAAGAUGGAAGUUGAAGUUCCAGUGGACUAAAUGCAGUUGGCAGCACAUAAAAUUGCAACUUCAGCCCAGAUAGUGGAGUGUAGACUGAAUUCUGUUGGCGAAAAGUGUGAGCUGCCACACUUCUCUGUAAAUCGAUGUUCAAAUGCAACUGUUGUAAGGUAUCUAAUUUUAGACCGUUAUAUCAUCUUACAUUACUUUAUGAUUAAAGCAAUUCAUUAAUAAAAAUGUGGAUUCCAAUUAGUUGAUAA